AAUUGGAGAGCAGAGAGAAUCGGCAAUUGAAUUUCCCGUGGACUCUGAGGAGUGAGGGCGUUCAGUCCCUCACAAGCUCUGUCCCUGCCAUUUCCAUUUCUCGGAGCUCUAACCCUUCUAAAAUUCUUCAUACAUAGAGAGAGAGAGAGAGAGAUACGAAAUUUAUUUAUACUCUUUGAAUUCAAUUUGCUGAUUCGGGGAGCUUUUGGAAUUGAAAAGCUCAAUUUUCGCAGAAGCCAAGCUAUGGCUAUGGCUAUGGCUGCGAAAUCGAAUCCGAGCUCGUUUCUUUCGUUAAGAAUAUAUUUGAUUGUAAUCGUGCUUAGCCUCCUUAUGUUCGUGUCGGAGUCGGCGCGUCAAGCUUUUAGGAGAGAUCCGGGACACCCUCAGUGGCAUCACAGUGCCUUCCACGACGUCCGAGACAGCGUCCGAUCCGAAGUUCGUCGUAUGCUCCAUUCUCGUGCUGAGGUUCCAUUCCAGGUUCCGCUUGAAGUAAAUGUUGUACUUAUUGGUUUCAAUGGCGAUGGAGGGUAUAGGUACUCCUUAGAUGCACACAAGUUGGAAGAGUUUCUGAGAGUAAGCUUCCCUUCACACAGGCCCUCUUGCCUUGAGACUGGCGAGCUUCUUGAUAUCGAGCAUCAUGUUGUCUUUAAUGCAUUUCCUUCAGGACAGCCAGAAAUGAUAGCUCUGGAGAAGACACUGAAAGAGAACAUGGUUUCUGCAGGCAAUGCAAGAGAGACUGAUUUUGGAAGGGAGGUACCUCUGUUUGAGGUGGAUGCAACAGCAGUGGAGCCAAUAUUUCAGAGGCUAUAUUCCUACACUUUUGACUUGGAUGGUAUGGGUUCUUCUGUAGAAGUGGAUAGGCCUGCUCCAAAUGCAAUAUUUCUUAUCAACUUUGAUAAGGUAAGGAUGGAUCCUAGGAAUAAGGAAACUGAUUUGGACAACUUAAUGUAUGGAACAAUUUCCCAACUAACUGAUGAAGAUAUGAAAAAACAAGAAGGAGACUACAUUUACCGUUAUAGAUACAAUGGAGGUGGAGCAACUCAAGUAUGGCUGAGCUCAGGCAGAUUUGUUGUGAUUGACCUCUCAGCUGGCCCUUGCACUUAUGGAAAGAUUGAAACUGAAGAAGGAAGUGUGAGUUCUAGGACAUUGCCACGGUUAAGGAAUUUGAUAUUUCCAAAUGGUUUAGGCACACCUAGUGAUCAUCCUACCCAUGAUAUCUUCAUUGGCCAACUUGCCUCUUUAAUAUCCACCACAGUGGAGCAUGUUAUAGCUCCAGAUGUUAGAUUUGAAACCCUUGAUAUGACAACAAGGCUGCUUAUACCAAUAAUAGUGCUGCAAAAUCAUAAUCGAUACAAUAUUAUGGAUAAAGGCCACAAUUACAGCAUAAAUAUCGAAGCAAUUGAGGCAGAGGUGAAGAAGAUGGUACAUGAUGGGCAAGAAGUAGUUAUUGUUGGGGGUUCACAUUCAUUACAUCAGCAUGAAAAGUUGGCUAUUGCUGUUUCAAAAGCUAUGCGCGGCCAUUCCCUGCAAGAAACUAAGAAUGAUGGACGCUUCCAUGUCCAUACCAAGACAUAUCUGGAUGGUGCUCUUCUUAAGGAGGAGAUGGAACAUUCUGCUGAUGUGCUUGCUGCUGGUUUGCUUGAGGUGGCUGACCCAUCACUUUCAAAUAAAUUUUUCCUUCGCCAGCAUUGGUUGGAUGAGUAUGAUGGUACAAGUGAUUCCAUACUAAAGCAUAAGCCUCUUUGGGCAACUUAUGACUCUAAACGUGGAAAGAAUAGGAUGAAGAUUACUAGGAAAGAUGGAGAUUUAUACCGGACAUAUGGGACAAGAGUAAUUCCAGUCUUUGUCCUAUCCUUGGCUGACGUGGACCCACACCUUAUGAUGGAUGAUGAAAGUCUUGUAUGGACAAGUAAAGAUGUUGUUAUCGUACUUGAGCAUCAAAAUGAAAAGAUACCUUUAAGUUAUGUUUCAGAAACAGAGAGAAGGCAUGCCCUUCCAUCACAGGCACAGCAGCAUAUUGUGGCAGGACUUGCUUCAGCUGUGGGUGGGUUCAGUGCACCUUACGAGAAGGCUUCUCAUGUACAUGAAAGGCCAAUUGUAAAUUGGCUCUGGGCAACUGGUUGUCAUCCAUUUGGACCAUUUUCUAAUACUUCUCAAAUCAGUCAAAUGCUUCACGAUGUUGCAUUGAGGAACACAAUAUAUGCACGUGUAGAUUCUACACUACGCAGAAUUCGGGAAACAUCAGAGUCUGUUCAAACUUUCGCAGCACAAUAUCUGAAAACCCCACUAGGUGAACCAGUAAAGGGUAAGAAGAACAAAACAACCACUGAGCUAUGGGUGGAGAAGUUUUACAAGAAAACCACAAAUUUACCUGAACCUUUCCCGCAUGAAUUGGUUGAACGGUUGGAGAAAUACUUGGAUAGCCUUGAGGAACAGCUUGUAGAUUUGUCUUCAUUGUUGUAUGAUCAUCGCCUGCAAGAAGCACAUAUGAACAGUUCAGAAAUUCUCCAGAGCUCCUUAUUUACCCAGCACUAUGUAGAUCACGUGCUGGCCAGCGAGAGGGAAAAUAUGAGAUGUUGUAACAUUGAAUACAAAUAUCCGGUGCAGUCUUCUCAAACUUACAUUUAUGGAGGAAUUCUUAUUGCUGGAUUUGUUGUAUACUUCAUUGUCAUUUUCUUCUCUAAUCCUGUUCGCUGACUUAUAAACUAAUUUACCAGACUAACACCAGAGUUUUUGAGGCACAUAUGCCUCAAGCACUUAUGUAGAAGAAAUACAAUGUCAUUACAUACAACUUAAGAAAGAAAAUCAGCUUCAGGCUUUCAGCAUACAUGCAUUGAGGUUUUACGGUGGCAUCAGAAUAUUAUACCUGUAGUUUGUUAAUGGAUUAUUGGAUCUUACUUGUAUCCAAGUACCAUCUGAUUUUUUAUUUUUUAUUUUUUUUCAUAUUGUAAAUUACGUAUUUCA